AUGAGCUCUAUUGGCAUGAUGGAGGCGAGGAUGCCGCCGGGGUUCCGGUUCCACCCACGGGACGAGGAGCUGGUCCUCGACUACCUCCUCCACAAGCUCACCGGCCGGCGCGCAUACGGUGGCGUCGACAUCGUGGACGUCGACCUCAACAAGUGCGAGCCAUGGGACCUUCCAGAGGCGGCGUGCGUGGGCGGCAGGGAGUGGUACUUCUUCAGCCUGCGCGACCGCAAGUACGCCACCGGCCAGCGCACCAACCGCGCCACGCGCUCCGGCUACUGGAAGGCCACCGGCAAGGACCGCGCCAUCCUCGCGCACGGCGAGGCGUUGGUGGGGAUGCGCAAGACGCUCGUCUUCUACCAGGGGAGGGCCCCCAAGGGGACGAGGAUGGAGUGGGUCAUGCACGAGUUCCGCCUGGAGGAGGAACGACACCGCCACCACCAGCAGCAGCAGAAGGGCGGUGCCGCCGCCGCCGCCGAGCCGAGGUGCCAGCUCAAGGAAGACUGGGUGCUAUGCAGGGUGUUCUACAAGAGCAGAACAACCAGCCCAAGGCCACCAUCUGAAGAAGCCUGCACAUUUUUCAGCGAGCUGGGCCUUCCGACUGUGCCGCCGCCACUUGCCCCCCUUAUCGACGCCUACAUCGCCUACGACAGCGGCACCGCGAUGAACACCAUCGAGCAAGUGUCCUGCUUCUCCGGCGUACCGGCACUACCGCUCAGGGGAUCGGUGAGCUUCGGGGACCUGUUGGGCUGGGACAACCCUGAGAAGAAGGCCAUCAGGACAGCACUGAGCAACAUGUCAAGUAACAGCAAUUCCAAGUUGGAGUUGACCCCAAACUGGAGCCAGGAGAACGGCUUGUCACAGAUGUGGACACCCCUCUGA